AUGUCGUCAUGUUCAAGUGGCAAGGGAGAUGUUCAUAACAUGAAGCCGCUCAGUGAAGAAGAAGACUCAAGAAAAUUGUUCAAUAAUAGAAUAUUCGGUCCAGAAGGUGUCUGCCCUCCUCAGUUCCUUGAUGUGUCAUCUGAAAUCUUAAAGAAGUGUGUUGCAAUUAUUACAGUGGCAAGUAUUUUGGCUUGCCAGCCUACAAGACUAAAGGAUGAAUGGGAGCAAAUACAGGACUGUUUAUUAACCUCCCAAGCACCAACAAACUCCACUCUAACAGAUAUGAUGCAUAUCUUAGACCUCAGCUAUAAGUUUCUGCCUCUUUAUCUAAAGGCAUGCUUUCUUUAUCUUGGUAGUUACCCAGAGGAUCAUGAGAUUGAGAAGGAUGAACUGGUUAGAAAAUUGGUAGCAGAGGGUUUUGUGAGUGGCCAAGUCAGGCGAAGCGCAUGGGAUGUUGCAGAGAGCAUGAUUCAGCUUGCUUAUAGAGACUAUGCUUUUUUUAAGAAGCCAUACUACAAGGUGCAUGAUAUGAUGCUUGACUUGAUUCUAAAGAGGCACCUAGAGAGGAUCAACCUUACAUGUGUCACCCAGCUGUCGCAACUGCGUUACUUGAAGGUUGCACGUGAGGCAUGGGGAUUUGAAGAUGUUGCCGCAUGGGAUUGGCAAGGUGAAGACGUUGCGCACUCUGAGCUGGUUUAG